UUAUUAAAAAUGAGUGGACGAGGCAAAACCGGUGGAAAGGCCAGAGCUAAGGCCAAGACCCGCUCUUCUCGUGCUGGACUUCAGUUCCCAGUGGGUCGUGUCCACAGACUACUGCGGAAAGGUAACUACGCCGAGCGCGUGGGUGCCGGCGCCCCCGUGUACCUGGCGGCUGUGCUGGAGUAUCUGACCGCUGAGAUCCUGGAGUUGGCCGGAAACGCCGCCCGCGACAACAAGAAGACCCGUAUCAUCCCCCGUCACCUGCAGCUGGCUGUCCGCAACGACGAGGAGCUCAACAAACUGCUGGGAGGAGUGACCAUCGCUCAGGGAGGAGUCCUGCCCAACAUCCAGGCGGUUCUUCUGCCCAAGAAGACCGAGAAGCCCGGAAAGGCCAAGUAAAUGUGAACGGACCAACAACA